AUGGAUAGAUUGCAAAGACUUAUGAUGAACACCAAGGUAGGUGCUGUUGAUGCGGACCGUAAUGAUACCAAGGAGACUGUGUACAUAUCAUCAAUUGCCCUGUUGAAGAUGUUGAAACACGGUAGAGCCGGUGUUCCUAUGGAAGUUAUGGGCCUGAUGCUAGGUGAAUUCGUGGAUGACUAUACUGUUAAUGUUGUAGAUGUAUUUGCUAUGCCUCAAUCAGGUACAGGUGUGUCUGUGGAAGCUGUUGAUGAUGUUUUCCAAGCCAAAAUGAUGGAUAUGUUGAAACAGACCGGCAGAGACCAGAUGGUGGUCGGAUGGUAUCAUUCACAUCCUGGGUUUGGAUGUUGGUUGUCUUCCGUCGAUGUUAAUACGCAGAAAUCCUUUGAACAGUUGAACAAUAGAGCUGUUGCUGUUGUUGUGGAUCCAAUCCAAUCUGUCAAAGGUAAAGUUGUCAUUGAUGCAUUCAGAUUGAUAGAUCCAGGUGCAUUGAUUAAUAACCAAGAGCCAAGACAAACGACGUCAAACGUUGGUCUGAUGAAUAAAGCCAAUAUUCAAGCAUUAAUUCAUGGCCUGAAUAGACAUUACUAUUCGUUAAAUAUAGAUUAUCAUAGGACACAUGAUGAAACAAAGAUGUUAAUGAACUUACAUAAGGAACAAUGGCAAGCUGGAUUAAAAAUGUAUGAUUAUGAAGAGAAAGAGCACAAUAAUUUGGAGGCAACACAAAAGAUGGUUAAGAUUGCCAAACAAUACUCCAAGAGAGUCGAAGAAGAAAAAGAAUUGACUGAACAGGAAUUGAAAACACGUUAUGUUGGUAAACAGGAUCCAAAGAAACAUUUGACCGAUACUGCCAAUGGAGCUUUAGAAGACAACGUCGUCUCUAUAUUGACAGCAAAUGUCAAUGCUGUGGCUAUACAAUAG